UCUCGGCAUUUUUUUACUGGUUGUUUCUUUGCAACCAAAGCUAUCGCGUUUCGGUGUCUGAAAACAGUUUAAAACAAUUUGUGUGCUGAUUUUUACAUCGUUUUAGCUGAAAUAUCCAUAAAUACUUCGUUGCGGUGCGUUGUCCUUUCGGGGGAGUAGCGCCAACGAAAGAAAAAAAUCAGCGAACUCCUUGCAAAUCGCCAACCAGUAAGACACAGGACAGACGUACACCGCGCUAAAUUGAUGUAGAAGAGAAACCAGUCUCCAUUAGCAUCGAAAGGCGCCGUAAAGAAUGGCGAAUGGAUACUAGCAAAAAGUUUACGGUAAGCAGUCGCCCUGGAAAUUUCUACACCGGAACCAGGCAAAUCUUCCACCACUAAAGCAGCAAAGAUUCCGUAUCGGUCCCCAACAAGAAAAACUCGUCUGUCCGUGAAGUUUUAGCCGCAAGUGGGCGAUAGUGGACAAAAGUUGUGAAUCGCCAAUUUGUGUUGGUUUUGUAUGUGUGCUGACUGUGUAUGUUUGGUGCAACGUGUAGAAAACAUUCUAGCCUAAUGCGAGGACGGGCCGAAAAAGAAGAAAAAAGCGUGGAAGAAGCGAAACUAAAAUAGAAGAAGCGAAAGCUAGAAAAAACAACGAAGAGGGACGGUUGACACGGUACAGGAAGGACCAUCGUUUGAAAAAGAAAGCACCACAGCAAACAUCUUGCACCCGUAAAGGUCGGACCAGCUGCUUGAGCUGAGGGACUCGUAAAGGCAAUGCCAUCAGCGGUUAGUGGCGGCGGAGGUCACGGCGGCGGUGGUGGCGGUGGAGGCAACAUGAAUCCGCAGACGAACGAAGAAUGUGGCAUCCGGGACGUGUGGCGCCACAAUCUGGACGAGGAGUUCCGCACUAUACGGCUGAUCGUGCAAAAGUAUCACUACGUAGCGAUGGACACGGAGUUCCCCGGUGUGGUUGCACGACCGGUGGGUGAAUUCCGUUCGUCAGCCGACUACCAGUACCAGAGCCUGCGCUGUAACGUGGAUCUGCUGCGCAUCAUUCAGCUCGGUCUAACGUUUAUGGACGACGAUGGGCGUACGCCGGCCGGCUUUUCAACGUGGCAGUUUAACUUCAAGUUUAACCUGAACGAGGAUAUGUACGCGCAGGAUUCGAUCGAUCUGCUGCUAAACUCGGGCAUACAGUUUAAAAAGCACGAGGAAGACGGUAUCGACCCGCUGGACUUUGCCGAACUGCUCAUGACGUCCGGCAUCGUGCUGAUGGACAACAUCAAGUGGCUGAGCUUUCACUCCGGGUACGACUUUGCCUACCUGCUGAAGCUGCUCACCGAUCAGAACCUGCCGGCCGAGGAGGGCGACUUUUUUGAGCUGCUGCGAAUCUACUUCCCGACCAUCUACGACGUCAAGUAUCUGAUGAAGUCGUGCAAAAAUCUCAAGGGCGGCUUGCAGGAGGUCGCCGACCAGCUGGAGCUACGGCGGGUCGGUCCGCAGCAUCAGGCCGGCUCGGAUUCACUGCUCACCGGAAUGGCGUUCUUCAAGAUGCGAGAGAUGUUCUUUGAGGACAAUAUUGACAAUGCCAAGUAUUGUGGUCAUCUGUACGGGCUAGGCACACCCUUCGUCGCGAACGGCAACAAUACGACGCCUGGUGGUGGCGGCGGUGGAAGCGGCGGCGGUGGUGGUGGUGGUGGUGGUGGUGCCGGUGGUGGCACAGGCGGCAGUGGCGGUACUACCGGAACCGGUGGCACCGGCAGUGUCACCUCGUCCGGCACUGGCAACACAGGCAACAGCAACACGGCCAACAACAACAACAGCAACAACAACAGCAAUAGUACGAAUUAAUUUCUACCCUAAUUCCUUCCCUCGGUACACACGGUCACGGUAAACCGGAGCGGUAGAACCAGCGGACAAGUAGACCACGUCGCUAGUAGAACAACAUCCCGCAGCCGGACAACCGCACACCACCACGGUCGGAAGUACAUUGGGCAGCAGCAACAUUCAGCGCACCAGCAUAGUUUCCUUCCUCCCCGUUCUUGGAUAAGUGACCACCUCCUGACUGGUGGCAGUGGUCUGGACUGGCGGAUAUUGGACGAUCCAGCAUGCCGGCACCAUUCCUGUGCGUGCCACUGUGAGGGCAUAUAAUGUGUUGGCUUGCAACCAUCUGUAAAGAAAAGAAAAAAAAACCUCGAUCGAUUAAUUGUGUGUGAGUGUGUGAGUGUGUUGCAGACAAGCUAACGAUAAGAUCUAAAAAGUUUAUAAUAAUGACCCACGAAAAGUGAUUAUUUGUAAGAGCCGAAAUUCAGCAGGUGUAAUAAAACAGUACGAAAUGUAAAAUACGAUUAA